UAACCCGUUGACUUUUACAUCCAUGAAAAGUAUAGUAUACAUAACCCGUUGACUUUUACUAUUCUUUUUCAAUGUUUGACUUUCAGUCUAAUCUAACAUUCAACCUAUAAAUUUGGGCAUAAAACCCAAGAUUAACUCAAUUGAAUAACAGAGCAAUCACUGUCUGCAUGAGUCCGAGAGAACCACGAUCCUGUUUCGGGUUUCAAUUCGGGUCGGAUCCUAUGGGCCUUGAGCUGGGUCGUGUAGGCGCCAGUAGCGGAAGCGUGUUUCGAUCAUCUGCAAAGACCCGAUCAAACAAGGCCCAAAUUUCUGAUGGAGAUAUCGAAGAAAGUUCUCUUCUCAAGGGCCAAUCAACUUCGUCCGGUUCAGUUUUGCCAUAUGUCGGUGUUGCUAGUUUGGGAGCCAUAUUGUUUGGAUAUCAUUUAGGUGUGGUGAAUGGUGCACUGGAGUACCUUGCAAAAGAUCUUGGUAUUGUGGACAACACUGUUCUACAAGGGUGGGUUGUUAGCACGCUUCUUGCUGGUGCCACCGUUGGUUCAUUUACAGGGGGAUCACUUGCAGACCGUUUUGGAAGAACAAAAACUUUCGUAUUGGAUGCAAUCCCACUUACACUUGGAGCUAUUCUUUGUGCCACAGCAAAGAACGUAGAAACCAUGAUAAUCGGCCGCUUGCUUUCUGGCAUCGGAAUUGGCAUAUCAUCUGCUAUUGUCCCUCUGUAUAUAUCCGAGAUCUCACCAACUGAAAUCCGAGGUACACUCGGAUCUAUCAACCAAUUAUUCAUUUGCAUCGGGAUUCUUGCGGCUCUAGUAGCUGGUUUACCGUUAGCCGGAAACCCUACAUGGUGGAGAGCAAUGUUUGGCAUUGCUGCUAUCCCCUCUGUUUUAUUAGCAAUUGGGAUGGCAUUUUCUCCCGAGAGUCCUCGUUGGCUUGUUCAGCAACGGAAAAUUACCCAAGCGGAGCAAGCAAUUAGAAAACUAUACGGAAAGAACAGGGUCACCGAGCUUAUGGAAGAUUUAAGUGCAUCCGCUCAAGGUUCAGAAGAACAAGAUGCCGGUUGGUUUGAUCUUUUCAGCUCCCGCUAUUUCAAAGUUGUCAGUGUCGGUGCCGCCCUUUUCUUGUUUCAACAGUUGGCUGGAAUAAACGCGGUUGUAUAUUAUUCUACUUCAGUUUUCCGCAGUGCUGGAGUUACGUCUGAUGUGGCAGCAAGUGCUUUAGUUGGGGCAGCCAAUGUUUUUGGCACGAUAGUCGCGUCUUCUUUGAUGGAUAAAAAAGGACGCAAAAGUCUACUUAUCACAAGCUUUACGGGAAUGGCUGCUUCAAUGCUGUUGCUGUCUUUGUCCUUCACUUGGAAGAUUCUAACACCGUAUUCUGGACCACUUGCUGUCAUCGGGACUGUCUUGUACGUGCUGUCGUUCUCACUUGGCGCUGGUCCUGUCCCGGCUCUUUUACUACCUGAAAUCUUUGCCUCAAGAAUAAGAGCAAAAGCAGUUGCCUUGUCACUUGGCAUGCAUUGGAUAUCAAACUUCUUUAUCGGCCUGUGUUUCUUGAGUGUGGUGACGACAUUUGGCAUAAGCAAAGUGUACCUUGGAUUCGGCUGCAUUUGUAUUCUUGCUGUUAUGUACAUAGCUUCUAACGUUGUUGAAACAAAGGGGCGAUCGUUGGAGGACAUUGAACGCGAACUUAGCCCACCCAUAUAGUAGGAUUUCUAAAAUUUUACAUGAUAAAUGUUUAUGGGAAUAAUGUACAUUUGAUCUUGAUACAGUUUAUGAAGCUUUGAGAGUUUUUAGGUUAA